AUUGUGUUGGCUGUUGGUUACAGUCGAUGGAAUAGAGUACAGUUGAGUGGUACUAGGCUUCUUUUGUCUCAUUCUCGUCAACAUCCAUUGCUACUGAUGACAAAGAGGUCCAAAAAUGAACAAUCGAUGGAGUUGAGCGAAAAGCCUAAAAAGGAAACCCGCAAAGAGUCAAAGAAGGAGUCUGUGGAAUUUCUUGGUUCUGAUCAAGAACGACAGAAAAGAUUUCAGGAUCCUGGAGAAUCUUUACUUGAUAGUGAGAAUCUGGAUGGAAUAACCAUUCCCCAACGACGAAGUACCUCGAAAAUAUUUAUCACUUGGAACGUGGCUGGAAUGAGAAGCACCGUAAAAAAUCCGCUCUUCUUAGGUUUUUUAUCCAAAUUGGGGCCAGAUGUAAUCUGCUUACAGGAAACUAAACUGUCUGACAAGGGUCAAGUGUCGGAAGAAGUUACUCAAUCCCUAUCUGAUCAAUACCAUGAUAUAUGGAACCAUUGCACGGCAAGAAAAGGUUAUUCUGGAACUGCUAUAUUUACUCGAGAGGAACCACUUUCAGUACUGUAUGGUUUACAAGAAGAGAAACAUAAUGAAGAAGGCCGAGUAAUAACAUUGGAAUAUGAAAAAUAUUUUUUGGUCAAUGCUUAUGUUCCUAAUGCUGGAGAAGGUUUACGUAGAUUGAACUAUCGUAUCGACUCAUGGGAAAAGGAUAUGUGUCAAUAUCUAUGUGGCCUGAAUCAGAAGAAGCCAGUUAUUUACACUGGAGACUUGAAUGUUGCUCACCAAGAGAUCGAUAUAUAUCAACCAAAAGGACAUGAAAAACAUGCAGGCUUUACUCCCCAAGAACGCCAAAAGUUUACCGAUUUAUUACAAUGCGGCUUUGUAGAUGCCUUUCGUUAUUUGUAUCCUCAUCGACAAAGUUUUACGUAUUGGUCUAAGCGAGCAAAAGCAAAGGAACGUAAUCACGGUUGGCGUUUGGAUUAUUUUGUGACAAGCGAAAGACUCGUCCCUUGUAUAUUAGAGUGCGAAAUGUUUGAAAAUAUUUAUAUUUCAGACCAUUGUCCGUUAAUGCUCCAUCUUGAUAUUGCACAACUAAAAUAAGUAAGGCUUGUGGGACACUGUCCUUCUUCUUCCAAUAUCUAAACGACAUUUCUUUGGUUAUUGCCGAGUGAAGUGUUAUAAUA